UGUUUCCAACGUCUUGAGGACUUUUUUUUUUCUCAGCGAACUGUUACGCCCGGAUUUUUCUCACCUCAUUCUCACUCACGCCAUUGCUGAUACAGACUGACUCUUUGAAGCCUAACGCUCUUCACUUUUCAUUCUCUUUGUAUUGGGCACCUUUCUAACUGCUUCUCGUUGGCAUUUCUUUUUCUGCAAUGACAUUUCAGGAUGAGCUCGUCCACUUGGCUUGGGAAGACGAUGAUUCCCUCGCCGAUGAGGACUUUUGCAGCCAACGUGGCCAUUCGGGGUACUAUUGAGGAUAUUAUAUGCCCGGUAUCCCUGAUGCCUCCCCCAUCCACCCAGGACCCUCAAGCAUCGACCACGACCGAGCACUCCAUCGAGAGAGCCACAACUGCAAGUCAAGACUCAGUUAUCGAGGGCACGUCUUCCGAGUACGAGUCCCAGACGAGUCGCAUGAGCUCGGACUUCUCUAGCAGCGCGAGUUCGGACUCUUCUAGCCGUACGACUUCUCGCUCCGCCCGUUCAGGCCACUCCGGUGCAUUUAGCUCCAGUCGCUCGUAUCGAAGUGACACCCCCCACCCCGCCGCCCUGCCAGGUCCUGUCGCCCCGUCUCGCUCCCCCCGUGCUAUUCGACCCACUUCGCUGUCGGCUCAGGAUACCGUCGUACGACCCAAGCCGAAUGGCUUCAAGGUAGCUGUAUCCCCGAAUGAGCACAAGAAGCUCAAGAUCAAGGUCGAAGCCUCUGACAAAACAGAGAGCAUCAAGAUGUCAUUCCAUUUCAAGUAAACCCCUACAUCCUGCGUUCCUUCUUUCUCUCCUCUCUUUGUAGUGACUUUACCGUAUUUAUAUUUCAUUUCUCACAUUGCAUAGUUCAUAACAUCUGGGGUUAUCAUGAGGAGGUCAAUAAAUGACUUGAUAUAAUGGAACGAGUUGAAAUGAAGUGAAAUGGGCAGCGCUCUGGCGGCCUCUGAAGGC